AUGGCUUCCCAGUCUCUUACUCCCCAUUCUUCAGAUGUCUCGCUUCCUUUUCCUACAACAACUGUUGCAACUACGCAAUCAAUAUCAGAUAUUUCGUCAUCUAUUGGUCUGCCUUCUCUCCCACCUUAUGCUGGAAUAAUAGAACCAACAAUUCCAUCCCCUUUUCAUUCUACAGCGGCAUUGGCUGCACCAAACGUCACUAACUUGGUGACUAUCAAGCUUAAUUCCGUUGAAGAUUAUCUCACUUGGCGUACUCAAUUUACCUCCGUGUUGAUCUCUCAUGAACUCCUUGGCUUUGUAGAUGGUUCUACACCUCAACCAACUCAAUUUUUAUGUGAUGUCUCUGGUAACCAGCAAGUUAACCCACUCUAUCGUUCAUGGGUCAGAGUUGAUCAAAGUGUGCGACUGUGGUUGUUUGCAACAUUGUCUCGCGAGGUCCUUGUUGAUGUUCACUUGUUACCUACAUCACGUGAUAUUUGGAUAUCCUUACAAAAACGUUUUAUGGAUGCUAGUCAAGCUAAAUCAAUAGAACUUAAGCGACAACUUACUACCAUGCGCAAAUCAGAUUCCAUGACUAUUGAUGAGUAUCUCCGAGAGGCCAAGAAAAUAGCAGACUCCCUUGCGGCAAUUAACUCUCAAGUGUCUACUCAAGAUUUUAUUGACCAUGUUCUUCUUGAAUUAGGAAGAGAGUAUGACACACUAGUUGGAAUCAUUACACACUAUCCAGGCCAACUAUCUCUUAAAGAACUUCGUACCAAACUCUUGCUUCAUGAGCAAUGGUUGUAA